AAUGAGUUGAAGCUCCUCUCUCUACCGAGCAGCUCAGCGCACGGCCCCGCGAGAGCGCCUGGCGCAACUACUUUCUUCCCGUUUCUUUCUUCUUUUUUUUCCCCUGCUGGGUAGUGGCGGGCGGGGUGGGGGAAACUUUGAAUGACUGAACUCGCGUCCACCUUUCUCUUCAUGUCGACGUCCCUGGAAACAGUCACACGGAUGCCAUGGUUACUUCUGCCACGAUCUUACAGGUGAACAAGGUGAUGUCCAUCUUGUUUUAUGUGAUAUUUCUCGCUUAUCUCCGUGGCAUCCAAGGUAACAACAUGGAUCAAAGGAGCUUGCCAGAAGACUCACUAAAUUCCCUGAUCAUUAAGCUGAUCCAGGCAGAUAUUUUGAAAAACAAGCUCUCCAAGCAGGUGGUGGACGUUAAGGAAAACUACCAGAGCACCCUGCCCAAAGCCGCACCGCCCCGGGAGCGGGAGCAGGGCGAGCCCGCCAAGUCCGAGUUCCAGCCGGUGAUCGUGAUGGACACGGAGCACCUGCGGCAGCAGAGACGCUACAGCUCCCCCCGGGUUCUGCUGAGCGACAGCACCCCCUUGGAGCCUCCGCCCUUAUACCUCAUGGAGGAUUAUGUGGGCAACCCCGUGGUGGUCAACAGAACCGCGCGGCGGAAGAGGUAUGCAGAGCACAAGAGUCAUCGGGGGGAGUAUUCCGUAUGUGACAGCGAGAGUCUGUGGGUGACCGACAAGUCAUCGGCCAUCGACAUUCGGGGACACCAGGUCACGGUGCUGGGGGAGAUCAAAACCGGCAACUCUCCGGUCAAACAAUAUUUUUAUGAGACGAGAUGUAAAGAAGCCAGGCCUGUCAAAAACGGUUGCAGGGGGAUUGAUGAUAAACACUGGAACUCUCAGUGCAAGACGUCUCAGACCUAUGUCCGAGCACUGACGUCGGAAAACAACAAACUCGUGGGCUGGCGGUGGAUACGGAUAGACACUUCUUGUGUGUGUGCCUUGUCGAGAAAAAUCGGAAGAACAUGAAUUGGCAUCUCUCCCCAUAUAUAAAUUAUUACUUUAAAUUAUAUGAUAUGCAUGUAGCAUAUAAAUGUUUAUAUUGUUUUUAUAUAUUAUAAGUUGACCUUUAUUUAUUAAACUUCAGCAACCCUACAGUAUAUAAGCUUUUUUCUCAAUAAAAUCAGUGUGCUUGCCUCCCCUCAGGCCUCUGCCAUCUGUUAAACCUUCUUCUGUGACCUGGCUCCCAGGCCACUCUGUAAAAUCUGUACACCAGUGGUUUGCAUUCAGUAUUGUCAAGGGCACUGCUUUCGUUUUAGUAAACUUGUUGAAAUC